CAUGCGGCUGGCACCCACUGCCUAAUUGAACUCAACUAAGCUCAACUUCGCUCAAAGCCAACCCCGCGAUCGCUCAAUUGAUUUGGGGAGCAAGCGCUUCUUACCUGUCGACCGCCUACGCAUACACAUCCUCGCCUCUGGCUCUCCAUCUUCACGACUGCGACUGCCCACUGCUGCGCCAAGAAGCCCAGCAGCCGAGUCCGGCCUCUGGGACCACCUGCUGCCGCAUUGCAUUGCCAGCUGAUCUCACUAGGGAGAGGCCCCCUGACUCGGAAGACUGCGUCUUAGCUAUCGCCAGCAAACGCAGCAUUCGCCAUGGCUGGGCUCGGCUUCGUCGCCUGGGACUGCAGGGACCAAGUGGACCGCGCCACGCUGUUCUAUCAGGAAGGCGAGAAGCGCAGGAAGAUUGAGGAGGAGAACCAGUAUCUCAAGCGGCUGCUCCGCGAGCAUGGCAUCUGCUGGUCGCCUGCCGUUGCGCACCGCGCGGAUUUCUUCGACGGCUCCUCCUCCUCCAACGCCAAGCUCAGCUGUCGCGACCGCUUCGCCCGCACUAUCACGCGCGCGCGCACUGCCGCUGCCCGCGCCGCAGACAAGGGUGCCAGGCUGCCGCCAGAGAUAUUCCUCCGCAUCAUCGAGUUUGCUAUGAUCAGCCCCGACCCCAUCAUCGACCCGCUGACCAAACCGGACAACCGGAGCAUCACGGCGAAGGAGGCCCGUGCGAAGUCUGGGCUUGCCAUUGGUCUAAUGGCCGUCUCGCGCGCUUUCCGUGUCGAGGCAACCAAGGUCCUCUGGAGCAGAAACACCUUCAUUUUCACCACUCCUGAGGCUUUGCUCGGAAUGGCCAGUCUGUCCCUCGAGAUCCGUAGCCAAAUAAAGCACAUCAAUCUUCGCAUCAUUGCUCGCUUCUAUAAGGACGACAACCGUCCGUUGUCGCUACCCAAGAGGGAUCACCCCAACCUCCCGAGGGCCCUCAAUCUCCCCAUCAACGAGCGACCCAAGGGCCACAGCGGCGCCAUCGGCGGUCUUCGGUCCUAUGCUUGGCUCCAGGUUGUCGACUUCCUCACCGCACUCCUGCCGCCUUACCAGCCGCCGGCACAGUCUAGAGACAAAAAGAGGAAGAGGGAUCUCGGCACUGCCGUCCCUCGCCCACGCCUUCUGCCAAAUCUCGACAAGAUGAGGAUCGAUCUGGUCAACUUCCCCCAGCGCCUGCUUCGAAACCUUCCAGCCAACGACCUGCACCAAAUCGCGGCGCACGAACUCGCCUGCACUCUUAGCGAGCUGACUGUCACUGGCUUUCCCUGCUGUAUGGUUGGAAUCAGGGCGGCCUCUGAUGUGUCGGAAAUGCUUAGAGACAACGGCCUCUUCGUCGAUGCAGGCGUGUCAUACAUGCAACAGAGAGGCGGUCGGCUCGAGGCAGUCAAGAAGAUACCGCAGUUCGGUUGCAGAGUCGUCCGCCCUCGGUGGCCCACCCAGAAGAAAACAGCUGACAACAGUGCAGAACCGGAGGAUGGGCUUCCCGAUGGCUUGGAGUCCCAGCCCGGCUGGCAACCCCUGGACAUGCACCACCACCACCAUCACAACAACGAGCACUAUGACCCGCUGCCUGUCCCGGUCGAGACCGAGGGCGAGCACUCAUUCUGGGAGACCGGCAUGAUCUGGAAGCAGGUUCCUACAUCACUCUUCUCCGACGAGAAGCGGGAGUGGGCCGAGUUUGAGCCACACCGCGGCUUCGCUGUGGACGACAUCGACGAAUGGCCAGACUCGGACGAUGAGGAAGACAUGCGCGUCAGGUGCAAGAAGUGCCUGAAGGUGCAUUUUGAUCCCAUGUUCGACUCGGACUGAGUAGACAGGGCGAGCGGCCUCUGCGAUUUGUGGCUUUCGUUUGUUAUCACAUGUGAACCCCAUCAGCGGUUCGGAAUCCUUAUCACUUCACAUUGCUAAGCCUGUUGCGAAGAUAUUGCACCAGUGGGAGUAGGAGAAACGGUGUUUUCGGCGCAUACAAGGCAGAUGAGAACAGGCGAUGGCUUUCGACCUCACGGGCUAGACUCCGACAUAUGUCGGCUAAUAUCUGGCACCUUUCAUCAUCAUUAUCGCCCUUGCCAUGGUAUCAGCAGAUCAAGUGGCGCAGCGGCUCAUUCAUCUCUAGAUUAUUGCCGCGAAGAUUAAUAACAUCGCUGUUUGGCCAUCUCGAGCAGAGUAGAUAUGGUGUAUCAUACGGGAUAGCAAUGGACCGCACGUAUCAC